UCAGACGGGGGAGGACAGCAAUGACUUCACACUUCAUUUUGAAGGAGUAAACACAAGAUUUGUUUUGGGGGAAAAACAAGACCUUCAAAACUACUGGACUUUUUUUUCUUCUUCUUCUUCUCCCCCCUGCACGCACUGGAUAUUUUUCAUUUAUUUAAUCAUGUCGGAGGAAUAUUUAGCUUCGCCUCUGUGAGACCUCUUUUCUUCUUCUUCUUCUUCCUUCAGAGCAUAAAGCCCUACCUGGCUCAGGUCUCAUGGGGACUGUCUCCAUUCGCUUCUGGAGAUAGCUCGUGUUCACAAAAAAAAAAAGGAAAAGAAAAUGCAAUUCCGUUUCCUUUCCUAUGAGGUAGCCAAGCCCCUCCGUUGGCAUCUGAAACAGCUGUGUCGUGUCAAGAAGAUUGUGGAUUAACGUUUUUCUUUUUCUUUUUUUCUUCUCCUCCUCCUCCUCCCCUCCUCGACUAUCUCCCAAGAAAAAAAAACCACGGACCCCGGUUAUUUUUUGUUUGGUCGAGUGGCCAAAAUGAGCGUCGAUUUAAUUGAAUCCGCUACAUGAGUGGAGUCCAAACAGCACGCGCAUUUCUCCCCGGGGAGUGCACAUUUUUUUUAAUCGGCAUCCAGUUUUGCCUUCUGGAAAAAAAAAAAAUGGAAAGCGAGGUGUUCACCCCUUUGCUGGAGCAGUUUAUGCUCACGCCGCUGGUCUGCUGGGUGAAGACAGUCGGCCAGGCGACCUUGACCGAUGGCACCCCGUUAUCGGAAUAUAUUGAACUCGUGGAUGGGAUUUACCUGAACGAGAUCAUGCUCGAGAUAAAUCCAAAAUCCACGGUGCAGAGGACCAACAAGAAGGUGAACAAUGACCCCACACUGCGCAUCCAGAACCUCUCUCUUCUCAUCAGGCAGAUCAAAGCCUACUAUCAGGAGACCCUCCAGCAGCUGGUGAUGAUGCCUUUACCAAACGUGCUGGUUCUGGGCCGCAACCCUCUGUCUGAGCAAGGUCUGGAGGAGGUGAAAAAACUGUUGCUGCUAGUCCUAGGCUGCGCUGUCCAGUGCGAGAAGAAGGAAGAAUACAUUGAGCGUAUCCAGACUCUGGACUUUGACACCAAAGCUGCCAUAGCAUCCCACAUCCAAGAGGUGACUCAUGAUCAGGAGAACGUAGUGGACCUGCAGUGGUUGGAAAGUGGGGAGAUGCCUCCUGAGGACCUGGACAGCCUCUCCAGAAACCUGGCUUUCCACCUCAAACGCCUGGUGGAUGACAGGGACACACAGCUGGAGACUAUAGUGGAGUUAACCCAGGAGAGAGACUGUGUGCAGCUGUCCCCUCUGGCUCCCUAUCCGACCCAGUCUCCCGGUGACUCUCCCAGUAUGAGGAGGACCGAAAGCCGACAGCACCUCUCUGUGGAGUUGGCCGAUGCCAAAGCCAAGAUCAGACGCCUUCGACAGGAACUAGAGGAGAAGAGUGAGCAGCUUUUGGACACCAGGCAGGAGCUUGAGAUCAUGGAAGUGGAGCUCAAGAGGCAUCAGCAAGAGAGCUACCAGUUGGUGUCGGACGCUCGGUCGGCGCGGGCCUACCGCGACGAGCUGGACGCGCUCAGGGAGAAGGCGAUCCGCGUCGACAAGCUGGAGAGCGAGCUGGGCCGAUACAAGGAGAGGCUCCACGACAUUGAGUUCUACAAGGCCAGGGUGGAGGAGUUGAAGGAGGACAACCAGGUCCUGCUGGAGACUAAGAGCAUGUUGGAGGAGCAGCUGGAUGCGACCCGGACCCGCUCCGACAAACUGCACCUCCUGGAGAAGGAGGGUCUGCAGCUCAAAUCCAAGAUCCAUGACAUGGAGAUGGAGAGGGACAUGGACCGUAAACGUAUGGAGGAGCUGAUGGAGGAGAACCUUGUGCUUGAGAUGGCCCAGAAACAGAGCAUGGACGAGUCCCUGCAUCUGGGCUGGGAGCUGGAGCAGCUGUCCAAGACACCAGAACUGACCGAAGCCUCUCAGAAGUCUCUGGGCGAGGAGGUGAAUGAGCUGACCUCCAGCCGCCUGUUGAAGCUGGAGAAAGACAACCAGACCCUGCUGAAGACUGUGGAGGAGCUCAGAGGAGCCGCCAGCCAGGACACUGUGACAAAACUGGUAAAAGUCAACCAGGAAAACCAGCGACUGAACCACAAACUGGAGCAGUUGGGGAGUGAACUGACGGCAGACAGAGAGUCGCUCCGCAGCGCCGAAUCCCUCAGUACGGACCUGAUGAAGGAGAAGGCUUUACUGGAGAAGACUCUGGAAACACUCAGAGAAAACUCUGAGAGACAGCUGAAGGGUCUGGAGCAGGAGAACAAGCACAUGAGCCAGACGGUGUCGUCUCUGCGCCAGCGCUGCCAGGUUGGCGCUGAGGCCCGGGUCAAGGAUGUGGAGAAGGAGAACCGCAUUCUCCACGAGUCCAUCUGCGAGACAACCGCCAAACUCAAUAAGAUGGAGUUUGAGAGGAAACAGCUUCGUAAGGAGCUGGAAGUGGUGAAGGAGAAGGGCGAGCGAGCUGAAGAGCUGGAGGUUCUGCUGCAGAAGCUGGAAAAGGACAACGAGAGCCUGCAGAAGAAAGUAGCCGGUCUGGGAAUCACCUGUGGAAAGGUGUCUUCUUUGGAGAAGGAGAACAUGGAUCUGGAGGCAGAGGGCCGUCGUCUGAAGAAGAAGCUGGACACUCUGAAGAACAUGGCCUUCCAGCUGGAGGCUUUGGAAAAGGAGAACGCCCAGCUGGAGGACGAAAACCUGGAGCUUCGGCGGUCGGCCGAGAACCUCCGGUCCGCGGGCGCCAAGGCCGCCCAGCUGGAAGCCGAGAACAGGGAGCUGGAGAGUGAGAGGAGCCAUUUGAAGCGCAGCCUGGAGCUGCUCAAAGCCUCGUCCAAAAAGACGGAGCGAUUAGAGGUGAGUUACCAGGGCCUAGAUACAGAGAACCAGCGUCUGCAGAAGGCUUUGGAGAACAGCAGCAAAAAGAUUCAACAGUUGGAGGAAGAGCUGCAAGAGGUGGAGACGGAGAAUCAAACCCUCCAACGCAACCUGGAGGAGCUCAAGAUCUCCAGUAAACGCCUGGAGCAGCUGGAGCAGGAGAACAAGACUCUGGAGCAGGAAAGCUCCCAGCUGGAGAAAGACAAGAAGCUCCUGGAGAAGGAGAACAAGCGGCUGAGGCAGCAGGCCGAGAUCCGCGACUCCAAGCUGGACGACGACAACCAGCGGAUCUCCACCUUGGAGAAAGAGAAUCGGACCAUGGGCAAGGAGAUGAUCUUCUUCAGGGACUCCUGCACGAGAGUCAAAGACCUGGAGAGGGAGAACAGGGAGCUGGUCAAACUGGGCACCAUUGAUAAGAAGACUCUCAACACACUCAGAGAGGAGCUUGUGAGUGAGAAGCUGCGGACGCAGCAGAUGAAUAACGAUCUGGACAAACUGACCCACGAGUUGGAGAAGAUUGGACUGAAUAAAGAGAGGCUGCUGCACGACGAGAGCUCUGACGACAGGUUUAGGCUCCUGGAAACCCGACUGGAGUCGACUCUGAAAUCGUCUCUGGAGUUUAAAGAGGAGAAGAUCGCCGCCCUAGAGGCCAGACUGCAGGAGUCCUCCAACCUCAACCAGCAACUACGCCAGGAGCUCAAGACGGUGAAGAAAAACUACGAGGCGCUGCGUCAAAGGGAGGAGGAGGAGGAGAGGAUGGUGCAGAGCUCGCCCCCUAGAGGAGGGGAGGACCCUCAGGCUGUCGGUAAAUGGGAGAAAGAGAGUCACGAAGCCACCAGAGAGCUGCUGAAAGUCAAAGACAGACUCAUCGAGGUGGAGAGGAACAAUGCCACGCUGCAGGCGGAGAAGGCGGCCCUGAGGAGCCAGCUCAAACAACUGGAAACGCAAAGCUCCAACCUGCAGGCUCAGAUCGUGGCGGUGCAGAGACAGACCGCUUCCUUACAGGAGAACAAUACGACGCUCCAGACGCAGAACGCCAAGCUGCAGGUGGAGAACUCCACCCUGAGCUCGAAGAGCGCGGCCCUCAUGGCCCAGAACGCCCAGCUGCAGAGCCAGCAGAGCAGCGUGGAGGGUGAGCGCGAGGGAGCUCUGAAGGAGAAAGAGGAGCUGAGGUCCACCUACGAGCUGCUCCUCCGCGAUCACGAGAAGCUGGCGGCGCUCCACGAGAGACAGGCGGCCGAGUUUGAAGCCCUGAUCGGGAAGCACGGGGGUCUGAAGAGCUCCCGCAAGAGCCUGGAGCAGCAGCACCGGGACCUGGAGGACAAGUACAAGCAGCUUUUGCAGAGGAAGGGAGACCUGGAGGAUCUGGAGAAGAAUCUGAAGGAGCAACAGGAAAAAAUGGCGCUAGAGAAUCAAACGCACCAAUCCACAGCUGACAAGUACAAACUGCUCAAAGAAGAAAAUGAUAGGCUUGACAAUAACCACCGUCAACUGAUGAAGGACAAUGAGAAUCUCCAGCUGGACCACAAGAACGUGAAGACCCAGCUGAACAGCGCCAAGCUGGACCAGACCAAGCUGGAGGCUGAAUUCUCUAAACUGAAGGAGCAGUACCAGCAGCUGGACAUCACCUCCACCAAGCUCACCAAUCAGUGUGAGUUGUUAAGCCAGCUGAAAGGAAACCUGGAGGAGGAGAAUCGCCACCUGUUGGACCAGAUCCAGACUCUGAUGCUCCAGAAUCGCACUCUGUUGGAGCAGACCAUGGAGAGCAAGGACCUGUACCACGUAGAGCAAAGACAAUACAUAGACAAGCUGAAUGAGCUGAGGAGACAGAAAGAGAAGCUGGAGGAGAAGAUCAUGGACCAGUACAAGUUCUACGACCCCUCACCUCCACGCAGGCGUGGCAACUGGAUCACUUUGAAGAUGAGGAAGUUGAUCAAGCCGAAGAGCCGCGAGAGGAUGCGCUCUCUCACGCUGACCCCCUCUCGGUCAGAGUCCGGCGACGGCUUCCUGAUGUUUCCCCAGGACAGCCAGGACAGCUCGUCCAUCGGCUCCGGCUCCAACUCGCUGGACGACACACUGACACAAAAGAAGAGCAGCACUUUAAAAAGGUUGCCUUUCAUGAGGAACAGAUCCAAGGACAAAGACAAGGCCAAGGCCAUCUACCGGCGCUCCAUGUCCAUGAACGACCUGCUGCAGACCAUGGCGGUGGCGGGCGGUCCCGGGGCUCAGUGGGCGAGCAGCAUCGAUAACCUCGACGGCGGCGAGGCCGGAGAUGCCGGCAUGACCGUGGGCAGCAGGCGCGGCGGCGGGCCGCGCAUGAAGGAGCUCGCCUUCUCCACCAACGCCAUCGACUGUGCCGCCCUCACCCUGCCCACCGCCGGCCGUAGCAGGGCCAAGCUCCGGCUUCAGGUCAAAGAUAAUGCCUCCUGUGAAGAUGUCGCCGGCUCCUUAGACGACCCCAAGAGUCAAGGCCAGCAGGUGUACAGCAGGGCUCUGUGUCCUUCUCCUGUUGAGCUGAGCGUUAUGUGCAGAGUACCCUGUGGCAUCUGUUCCUGCAGACCCACCAGUCUCCAUAGCAACAGGACCAUCAGUAGUAAUAGUAACAAUAACUCCCACCUCACUUCUCCUCUGGAGGGCAAAGGCGCGUUGAACGGCAGCCUCAGCAGGCCUCACAGUGAGAGCAGCGGAGAGUUCAGCCUGAGCCUGGACCAGGAGGUGUGGUCCAGCAGCGGCAGCAGCCCCGUCCAGCAGCCCACCUCCUCGCGCUCCUCCCACCAGAGCCCCAUGCUGCUGCGCAGGUCGCUCGACCCGUCCGCGGCGGCAGGCGGCGCCGGCCCGGCCACCAAGACGGGAUCCCCAACCAAGGAGGUGCUUUCCCUGCAGCAGUUCCUGGAUGAGGGCAUUGAUCCUGCAGAGUCUGGUAGUCAGGAGAACCUCACUGUCGACUCCCCACGCCUCUCCACCUCUUCCGAGCACGUGCAGAAAGAACGCACUUUGACAAAGAGCCGAGGCAUAUUGCGCUCAUCCAGCGGCAAAGCGGCGCCGGGCAGCUCCGACCGCCCGCCGAGAGCCGCCGGACAACCGGGUCGCCCGACCCUGCGCAAGGCGGAGAGCACCCGCGUGAGAGGCUCGGUCCCGCUCCGCUCCAGCCUGUCAUCGCAGAGCAAAGCCACGUCCGUGUCGGGGCGCCUGGACUUGGCGUCCUCCACGCUGCCGCGUGCCAGCAGUGUCAUCUCCACCGCCGAGGGCUCCACCCGCCGCACCAGCAUCCACGACCUGCUCUUAAAGGACGGCCGGCAGCCGGUGUCCGUGGACACCACGACCCCUGCCGCCUCCGCCAAGGCUGGGGUCCGCUCCCCGCCGACACCCAGUGAGUACCACCCCAACCGCACCAACCUAAAGGGACCCCUUACCACCGCCACCCCCCUGCCCAAGUCCCUCAGCUUACCUUGCCAUAGCUCGGAGGAACCCGACCUCUCCACCCUCCAGUCUUUCCUCGGCCCUUCCUUCACUGUAGAGUCUGUGUUCAUGGACUCCAUCUUUAGUGAGUCGGUGGGCAAAAACCUCCCCUUCCUGUCUCUAAACCCCACCCUAGUCAGCAACAUCAGCGGGCCUCCCAUUACAAAUAAAACGCACCCUCCUCCCAUCCCCAACCAUAAUUCCACCCCAAACCAGGAUCCUCACAGCCAAUCAAAUGGCCAGGUGCGAUCCAGCCCAGCCGGUCUGAUAGAGUCUACCGAGGGCGUUGACCCGGGGUGUGUGAAUGAUUCGGACCCGUCCCUGAGCCCAGAGGACAAGCAGUCUUUGUGGUACGAGUACGGGUGUGUGUGAGUGACGGGGAGGUUCUGGCCGGAAAAUGAAAAGAUGGAUGAAUCCUCUGCAUGUAUUUAUUGGAGCCCUAUCUCUCUGUGGUGUUUUUGUUUUUGGUCUUUUCUGUUUGCCAUGGUGCCGAUUGGUGAAUCGGUUUUUAUUUUGUAUUUAUUUUAUUUUCUUGUUUCUUUUCUCUGGGACUUUGACGAAUGUUCUUUUCAUCCGACAGCCAUAUUAUUGUUUCCUCAUCAGAUCUCUUUUUUUUUUUCGCUGGCUAACACAAUACUAUUAUCUGCAUUUUAGGGGGUUGUUAUAUCAGAGUACUUGUGUUUUAUAGCUCGAGUGUUAAGUUCACAGCGAGUAGAAAUAAUGGAGAGAUUCAGGGAACGUGUCACCAGGAUGCAUUAAAAUAAAUACCUAAUAAAUCUUAAUAUCAGAAAUAGUUGUGUCUGAUGGAGAGCAAAGCAUUGUGGGACGUAUCUCGUAACCGCAAUGUCUUGAUUACAAAAUCCAAAGUAAGAUUUUUCAGAUAGAUGUGUCGGAUAAUAGAUUCACUUUCCUCUUCCUGUUCAUAAUGAUGUGUUGAUGAUUUAUGGGUGACUGAGUGUCUUUUUCACGGCUUUUUUUAUUUAUUUUUUUUAAACUCUGUUGCAUCAUCCACUAAAUUGCAUGGCUUUGUUCAACCUGAAACGCUCAUUUUGAUUGCUGUGAUCAAAAUGGUUUCUUUUUGUUUUUGUAUUGACGUGGUGUAUGGUUCGUUUUCUGUACAUUUGACACACUUUUUUCUGUAUUUUUUUUAAUAUAAUAUUAAUAAUGGGACGGAGCGUUUGCUCCGGUGGGUCUUAACUGACAAAAAUGAUGAAGCUUCAUUCCUAAAAUAAUCCGAAGGAAGGUAGAGUGGGUUGACAAUGAAGGUAAAAGAGGUUGACGUGGGUGACUUUAUAAUAUUUUAGUUUUUUGUCAGCCCUCGAUUGAGUUAUUAAAACAGGAAGUCAAUAUAGUAGGAAUAGUGUUCAGGUUGUUUUGUGAAUGAAGCGAACAUCAUUACUUUUGGUAUCUGGAAACUUUUGUUCACUCAUCCCGAUGCACCACAAAGUGAGAAUGGAUAAUAUUUGAUCUUGUACAGAUUGUUGUAACCGUUAAGUUAUAAUCAAAGACGAGCGCUGCUUUACGUGCUAGUCGAACCGUCUUGCCUCUCGAUCCGCAUAUUUAUUUCUGCUUUUGUACUCUGUUGGUUUUGAAGCUGCUUUAUUAAUGUAUUUAUCUAUAUGCAGGCGGAAGGUAAACGUCUCCAGAUGUAACACAAACAUUGCCUUUGUCCUACAGAUGUGGAGGGCAGAAAGUCUAAAAGCAGGAGCGGGGAGCCGCAGCAAAGCUGCUAAACCCCG